AUGAUAUCUCCGACAUCUUCUUCGUUCAAUCCAACUACUACUUCAUCACGUGACAACUAUAACAAUACCAGCUCUCGCCUUCACCCAACCAUCACAUCAGAUUUUAUUGAACAUCCACAGCACAGUUACAUUAGUUUAAGCGAUGCAAAACAAUCACCGUUACCGCCUUUGAAUCUUCGUCGUCAAGGAGAUACAUCUUCAAUAUCAAAUGAUCGUCAUUUAUCGUUACCUGAUAUAACAGGUGGUACCGGAUCGACAUUAGCAACAAUGGCCUCAACUCCAGCUAAAUUUUUGUUGACUCGUACCGCUUCAACAAUUGAAACAUUAAAACAAUGGAGUAAAACAACGUUUAAAUGUACAAAGCAAGUCAUCAAUGAAAAAUUAGGAAAAUCAUCAAGAACAGUUGAUGAAGAAUUAGAACAACAGAUCGAACAAUUGAGAGAUCUGAAACGUCAUUAUGAAUCAAUGUUGUCAACCACACAAAAAAUGGCCGUUCACUUUUCAAAUUUAAUAACUACACAACAGAUGCUGAGAGAUUCAUUUGAUAUUCAACAAAAAUCUGGUGAGUUAGUAGAUGAAUUUGGCAAUAAUGCAAAUGUACAACGGCUAUUAGCCGCAAACGGAGAACAAUUAUUAAGUGCAAUGAAUUUUUUUAUUUCAACAUUACAUACGUUAAUAACAAAAACAAUUGAGGACACGAUGAAUACAGUCAAAUUAUAUGAAACUUCACGAAUUGAAUAUGAUGCUUACCGAAAUGAUUAUGAAUUAUUAAUAGCAAAUAAAAUCACAAAUGUAUCGUCGUCGUCAUCGGCAUCAGAAGAAAUUAUUCGGCGAAAUUAUCAGCAACAUAAAGAACGUUAUGAAAAAUUCAAAGCUGAUGCGACAGUUAAACUAAAAUUCUUGGACGAAAAUAAAACAAAAGUAAUGAAAAAACAAUUGGUGCUAUUUAAUAAUGCAGUUACAUCUUAUUUUUCUGGUAAUCAACAUGCAUUAGCUGCAACAAUUAAACAAUUCAGUAUUAAACCUACAUCUAACACAACAGAUGCUGAAAAUGGUGACGAAAAAAAAUAG